AUGAAUUCUUCUGAUGAUCUUGAUGAACGUAGACAACGUAAAUUAGCUCAAAUGUCACGUCGUGAUGAAGAACGCAAAUUAGAUCUUCAAACAAAACAAGAUGAAAGAAAAUGCACCACAUCAACAAAUGUUGGACGAAAAUAUUUUGAACAAGAAUAUCCAUUGAUGAAAAGUGAAAUUGAAGAUUUAUUUAGUCAAUUAUCAGUUAAUCAUCAUGAUGAAAAAAUCUUACAAGACAUCGUUGAUCGUUUACAAACAAUGGAGAAAUUUCUUACAGAGCAUGUCGACAUUUUAAGUUCGCGUGAUGUUGCUAACGGACAAGGUGAUGUAACAAAACUUCGUCAAAAAUUAAAUUCUUUACAAUACGAAACUCUUUCAUCAACUCAUCGUAUGGGUUUUACAAAAACACAGGAAGAAACUCCAAAGAAAGAAGAAGAAUCAAAUUCAAAAGUUCCAUCAGCAAAUUUUAUCGCUUCAUCAAAUACAAUAAAUAUCUCGAAUAAAAACAACGAACUAAUUCGUUUAGAAUCAGCAGACCUUAAUGGAAAAGAUGUUGCAAUUGAAAAUUUAAAACAAUGCGAACUAUUUCUUAAAGGUGUUCCAUCAUCGUUACAAAUAAAAAAUCUUAAUGCUUGUAUCCUCAUUGUUGGCCCUUGUGCACGCUCAAUACUUAUCGAUCAAUGUCAGCAGUGCGAAUUUGCUUUAGCUUGUCAGCAAUUACGUGUUCAUACAAGUACUGAAUGUGACUUUUAUGUUCACAUAACAGCUCAACCAAUUAUUGAAGAUUGUCAUAAUUUAAGAUUUGCACCGUAUAAUGUUAAAUAUAAUUUAAAAGAUGAGCAUAUUAAACAAAGUGGACUUUUAUGGACAAAAGAUUAUUGGGAUGAUGUACGUGAUUUCAAUCAUAUGGUUGUUGGAAUGCCUUCACCGAACUGGCGAAUAGUCGAAGAAGAAGAAAGAAAAGAAUGGUCAAUUGAUUAA